AAUAAAGUGGCUCUGUGGUUUUAUGGGUCGGUGUCAGUCUAACCACUUUAUUGUGGGUGAACGCCGACAGAUAGAAUUCUACCAAACAUCUGCAUGUGUCGGCGGUGCAGAUGUUUGCCGUGGUCCCGGUCCGUGUCACCGGGAGGCCGAGCCGAGCCGAGCCGAGCCCCGCCCCGUUCUGCUCUCUGACACAUGAUCGGGACCGGGUGCGCAGAGCGGGCCGGGCCAGCAGCAGCCGACGUGCCUCACGCGCCCUUUACGCACGGCGGACGAGCGGAGGCAGGACCGGUCCGGAUGAAGCUCACGGCGGCUGGCGAGGGCUCCCUCUCCGGGUUCAUGGAGCGGCCGGCCGCGGUACCGCUGUAAAAUGCGCUGGAUCGGACCGGGCGUGCUGGUGCUAGCUGAGCUCAGCCUCUCCCAUUUCUGCUCUAGUACUUUUUUCUUGCAGCGCUAUUAUUUCCAGGUCACCAUCGCAGUUUCCUGUGCGGCUUGUUUGUACUAAAAAUGGCCGGAGAUGGCGGCGCUCUGAAGGAUAUCAAUGAGAUUAAAUCCCAGUUCCGGACCAGAGAGGGCUUCUACAAACUGCUCACCCUCUCGGACUCGCAACAGCGGGGCGGGCUGCCGCGGGGUCCGUCCGCCGGAGCCACGCUGGGCCCCGGGUCCGGAGCCGGUCCGAUACCCGGUGGAGGUGUCGGGCUGCUGCAGGGGCCCGGGGCCGCCGCCGCUGCAGCCGCCGCCGCCGCCGCCUCCUCCUCCUCUGGUGCCGCAGCCAACUCGUCUCCGGGCGGCUUCCUGCCGCCGGUCCGGGUCUCCAUGGUGAAGCUGCAGCCCGAGGACCCGAGCGAGGAGUCGGAGCGGGUGUGCUUCAACAUCGGCAGGGAGCUGUACUUCUACACGUACACCAACAUCAAGAAGGCUGUAGAUCUCAGUAAACCCAUAGACAAGAGGAUCUACAAAGGAACUCAGCCAACGUGUCACGACUUCAACCAGUACUCGGCCACGGCAGAGAGCGUGGCUCUCAUCGUGGGCUUCUCGGCCGGACAGGUCCAGUACCUCGACCCCAUCAAGAAGGAGACCAGUAAACUCUUCAAUGAGGAGAGGCUGAUAGACAAAUCCAAGGUGACGUGUCUAAAAUGGCUCCCGAAGUCAGAGAACCUGUUCCUGGCCUCGCACGCCAGCGGCCACCUCUACCUCUACAACGUGGAGCACCCGUGCGGCACCGCGGCCCCGCAGUACUCGCUGCUGCGGCAGGGCGAAGGCUUCGCCGUCUACGCCUGCAAAACCAAGACGCCGCGCAACCCGCUGCUGCGGUGGGCGGUGGGCGAGGGGGGGCUCAACGAGUUCGCCUUCUCCCCGGACGGCGUGCACGUGGCGUGCGUGGGGCAGGACGGCUGCCUGCGCGUCUUCCACUUCGACUCCAUGGAGCUGCAGGGGGUGAUGAAGAGCUACUUUGGCGGGCUGCUGUGCGUGUCCUGGAGCCCCGACGGUAAAUACCUGGCCACGGGCGGAGAGGACGACCUGGUGACCGUGUGGUCAUUCGCAGAAAGCCGCGUGGUAGCGAGAGGCCACGGACACAAGUCCUGGGUGAACGUGGUGGCGUUUGACCCUUUCACGACCUCCCUGGAGGACGAGGAGCCCAUGGAGCUGAGUGGCAGCGAGGAGGACCUCCACCAGGGGGCGCCAAACAACUCCAUGCACUUCGGCCGGGUCCGAACCAGCAGCACCUUGUCGCGUCUCUCUCGGCACAGCUCCAAAGGCGGAUCGCCGUCGGUCACGUACCGCUUCGGCUCGGUGGGGCAGGACACCCAGUUCUGUUUGUGGGACCUGACGGAUGAUGUCUUGUACCCACGUCUGCCGCUGUCCCGCGCCUUCACUAACACUUUCGGACCGUCGCUGUCCACCUCGGGCAGCGGUGGGGUCAACAGCACCUCAGGUGGGGGAGGGAACGGCAGCGUCGAGGGCCACCAUCACCCACCGAACACAAACACCGGCACCUCCAACCCGCCAACGCUGCCUUUGCCACUCCCGCGCUCCCUUUCACGCUCCAACUCCCUGCCCCACCCCGCCGUGGCCAACGCCUCCAAGGGCCCAGGGGCCUCGGAAGGCGGUGGGGGGAGCGGGGGCGGGGGGGGAAGCAGCGUCGGGGGCAACAGCACCCCCUUCAGCAUCGGCCGCUUCGCCACGCUGUCGCUCCAGGAGCGCAAGUCGGACAAGUCAGGCGGCGGCGGCGGCGGCGGCGUGGAGAAGGAGCACAAGCGCUACCACAGCCUGGGCAACAUCAGCAAAAGCAACGACAAGAUCAACGUGGCGCCGAGAAGCAACCGGCUGGACGGCGCCAAGGUUCUGGGGACCACGCUGUGCCCGCGCAUGCACGAGGUGCCGCUGCUGGAGCCGCUCGUGUGCAAGAAGAUCGCACACGAGCGGCUGACGGUGCUGGUGUUCAUGGACGACUGCAUCAUCACGGCCUGCCAGGAGGGUCUGAUCUGCACCUGGGCCCGGCCCGGCAAGGCGAACUUGACAGCACAGAACGGGAAUUCUCCGAGCGGCACCGUGGUAUAGCUGGAGGAGCCGCUUUGCACCCGCCCCCUGUUCUUCCUCGUCUUCUCUGGGUCUUGAUACCUUUUCCAUCCACUCUAGUGUCAAAUACGGGGCCAAAAACCAGAAACUGCUCCAACGUGCGGUACAAACCCAGCUGGUUUGAUUCCCUUCAAUCACAGAGGCCACAGUUUAGGAAACUCUUCCUGAGUAACACGAAGAAUUCAAAGGAGUUACGUUAUUGGUCCUUUCAUUUACAAGUACUUGAAAAGAGCAAAGAUCCUUCAAACAGCAGCUGUGCAGUUCCCUCGUCCCACAGUUUCUGGUCGUUCGCUUUCAGUAACUAAACUGAACACGUGCAAUAAAGUGGAGAAUAGUUUCUCACAGAUUUAGGUCAAGUAUUGUUAGUUUUAGAAGUUGUAGGUUUUCUUCAAUAGAGAAAGUUCCUUCCUCUGAUAAAACCAGUGGAACCAGUAACAUUAUGCAGGUGACAGUAUUGGCUUCGUUCUUUUUCUGGAGAUUCUGGUGCUUUAAUGUUCUUCAGGAAGAGUUUCUGCUUCGGCCUCGUGUUGUUCCCACUUCGUGUGUCGUCACCUUGUGCAGCGAGGAGCCAACGGCAGCCCGUCGCCAUCCCAGCUGUUCUGUCCCUUCAUGCAACAGACACUGCAAAAGCCACGGCCGCUGUAUUUAAGUUAUUUAUUUUAUCACAAGACUGUGUAGUAAUUUAUACUGUAAAUACUGAAAGUACUCUAUAAAGACGAAAAGGACACGUGUAUGGAAAUAAUGACUUCACGGUGAGAACUGAAGAGAAACGGGAAGAUGAAGAGUAUUAAUAUAUGAAGAUGCUUCUAUUGUACAUAGUAACAGGUAAAAGUUGAAUGUCUGCCGUUUUAGAGAACAUGAAGAUGUCAGUGUG